AAUAUUUAAAUCUAUUUUAUAAACUGAAAUAUCUUUAUUUGAUUUUCAAAAUUACUGACAAAAACAAAAUAUCCAAAAAAUCUAAUAACUAAAAGUCUAGAAUAUAUAAAACAAAAUAAAUCUAUACUAAUAAAGUAGCUCAGAAAGGCUCCAGGUGAAGCCACGUCAGCAGACCCUGUUUGUUUUGUUGACACGUGUCGAAGGGAGAGGGGAUUUCGUUUUUUCCGCGUGAAACUUUGAUUCAGGAAAGGGAUUUCGUUUUUGAUUUAUUGGGCUUUAAUGAUAUCCCAAGCCCGUUUGUGGUUAAGGUUUGGUGUUUCUUUGAGAUUGCGAUCUUCGCCGUCCUCUUUCCAUCGUCUCCGAUUUCGGCUCCUCACUGUAACGUAUUGCUUCUCAUUGAAAUUGAUCUUUAAUUUGGUCAUCAAGCUUUACCCCACCUCUCUUCCCACUCCAUCUCAUUUACUCUCAUUGACGAUCCGCAUUUGUAACAGAUCGAAGGUGUCGCUAUAAAUAAGUGUGUCUUGGAACGAUGAGGAUCUACAGCUUUGAGAUUUAUAGCUUUUGUCGUCAAUGGAUUCCGACGUGGUGGAGAUUGCUCCUCCUGCAUUUGCUUUGGGUUCUACAACUCUGGAAAUCCAAAAAGAAACAGAGCUCCUCAAACUCGAGUGUAAGCUUCCCUGGAGGUAAUGUGAUUAUAGAUCGGAAUGGCAUAAGAACAGAUGCGGUAGAGUUCCCAAGUUUAGCAACCAGUGGGUUCCGAAUAUCUCUGGAGUGCGUCACUAAAAACGUGUGGAGAAAGGGUCAAGGAUUUUCUGGCUUCAGCAAGUCCGGGCCGAGCACUGUCUCAAAGUGAUGGUUGUCAACAGCUGUUUUAUUAUGUUGGAAAAUCAUUGUCUAAUAAAUCUCAAGGUAUAAUAUUCUCCAAGUCAUACUCGAAACAUAUUUCCUUAUGUAUUUGCUCUUUUUAUUUCAUACUUUAACAUGCAGCAACGGGAGGGCCUGGUGGCGUUGCUGGGUUUAGAAUCGCAGAUCUCUGGCGGUUUUCUUAACAAGUAUUAGUCAUCGAUUUCUUCUGCUUUCUGUGAUAAUGAUUUUUGGUUCUGUAAUAAGAUAUUUUCCUUUCAUUUGGCUGCCUUAGACUCAAUGUAACUUAUGAUUCUAAUGAUUUAAAUUCCAAUCAGCUUCAUGUUAUUUAACGAUGACCAUGACAAAACAAACAGCCGCCAACUACACUCACCUUCACUGGCGGCCUAUAGAGCACUACAUCAACAAGAUUCCAACUUCUACAAAACUCUUCUCGCCUUCAGCUACAAACUAUUGCUCUGUUCCUUAUCUGUUAUAAAUUUUGCAUUACGAUUUAUCAAGGAAAAGAAAGCAUGCGACUGGUCGUGGAUCAAAAAAUAUUUUUAAUAGAGAUUUUUUUUUAUUAUUAUAAUAAUAUAUAUGUAAAUAAAUCAUAUUUAUUAUCAAUAAUUAUUUAUAAUGCGUUACAUAAAUUAAUAAAGUGAAUACUUUGAAAGCACAGAAUAAUUUUAUUUAUGUGAUUAAUAUAUAUCUGUAGUAUUUUGUCACAAAUAUGUAUUGUUUGUUAAAACGAACUAAAAUAAGCUAAAUAAAUUAUAAAUGAGUUUUCAAAAAACAUAAAUACAAUUGGAUAACUAAUUAAAGAGAAUUCCACUAUAACUAUAUUAGCAAAACUAAAAGGUAUAUUAAAAUAAUGAGCCAAGUUUUUCAAUUAGUAUAUCGAAAAAAAAAACAGUAUGUAAGCUGAGCGAGCAAAUAUAAGAAAACAUCUUUUUCAAAAAAAAAAAAAAUCAAUAGUAGGUUUUAAUUAGUUAAGAAAAAAAAUGAAUUGAAACCAUGAGAAAAAAGAACUGAACAAACAUUGGUUGGAGGCAGCCAAAUCUAUCAAAAUACUUAAUGAUAUCAACAAAUCUAUAAAACAUUUAACUAUUUAGUUAGAAUUAGCUAUUGAGAUUUGUCUGCAUUAUAAACGUGGGUGUAAUUAAGCUUAUUUAUUGAGAGAAAUUUAUGGGUCAUUAUAUACUUUUUAUUAAAAAAUUGAAUUAAAAUGAAUUCAGAUUAAAAAAAAAAAAAACAA